AUGAAUCCGCACGACGACUUGCUGGACGACGCCAACGACGACUCGGACUCGAUCAAGUCGACCAAGUACCGCCUUGACCAGACGGGCAAGAACGAGAAUGCGCGGCGGCGCGCGGUGCAGAAGCUUGGAAGUGAAGACAUUGCGAACGAGUACUCGGAGAGGUUCAACUCGCUCAGCCGCAGUAUCAAAGACCCCGAGUUUGUCGUGGCGGACGAGAUGAUCAAGGACUUGUUGAUGAAGGACUUCUCGCAGAACGAGAUCCGUCAGCUCUUGCACGUCGGGUGCGGCCGCAUCAUUCGCGUGGAGAAGGAGUAUAAACUCGGCAUCAAGCCGACCGCCGAGGAAGUCGCGGCAAAGGAAGCGACGCGGACCGCGCCUUGGGGCGGAAAGAAGGCAAAAGAAAAGCGCGCGCGCACCACGACAUCUGCUCUUGAAGCACAGUACUCACGCCUUGAAGUUCUUAACAUGAAGUCGCUCAAGUCGCUGCAUCUCAUGCUGCGCGACCGUCGGACGCCCCAUGCCCAGUUCAAGCACUUUGCCGACCGGCUCAUGCGCAUCUUGGCGGAGGAAGCGCUGGCUUCAUGCGCCAUGGAGUAUGCGACGGUGUGGACGCCCACAGGCGCCGAGUACUCUGGGAUGGUCCCGACCAACAACGUUUGCGCGGUCUCCAUUAUCCGCGCCGGCGACGCGCUUUUGGAUGCCGUCCUGCAUUGUGUCCCGAGCAUUGCCGUCGGCAAAAUCCUCAUCCAGCGCAAUGAAAACACGAUUGAGAAAUCGCCCAUUCUGUUCUACUCCAAGCUGCCCCCACGUAUCGCAGGCUAUGGCCGCGUGCUCCUCGUGGACCCGAUGCUGGCCACGGGCGGCAGUGCCAAGCUCGCGAUUCAGACCCUGAUCAACGCGGGAGUGGAAGAGCAAAAUAUUGUAUUUGCCAACGUCGUGGCAUGCCCCCACGGCAUCCACGCCGUCUUUGAAGAGUUCCCGCACAUUAAAGUCAUCACGAGCGCGCUCGACCCGGACCUGAACGAGUACAAGUACAUCGUGCCCGGCCUCGGCGACUACGGAGACCGGUACUACAACACGCUCCUUUAA